GGCCUGAUUUUUUUUUUAAUGAUUUUGGAAUAUCAAAACUAGCUACAUUUUAUAGUUAAGCUGUUACACACUUUAAACACUUUUUAAAACUGAGUGUUGAGUCCUUUGACUUAAGUGGAACAGUUCUUUCCCCCAAGUAAUUGCAUCUACCUUGUGAAAUAUAUUCUCUUUCCUCUCUCUCUCAUUCAGAUUACCCUGCUCACCAGAUGUCUGACAGCUCUUCUUGCAACAUUGGCUAUUGGUUUACACUGCCUUCACAAGAUCAGAAUUACUCCAGAAAUUGGAGAGUUUGAUUUAAAAGAAAAAACUUAAACAAAUGGACAAUAUGUCUAUAACUAAUACACCAACAAGUAAUGAUGCCUGCCUGAGCAUUGUACAUAGUUUGAUGUGUCAUAGACAAGGUGGAGAAAGCGAAACGUUUGCAAAAAGAGCGAUUGAAAGUUUGGUAAAGAAGCUGAAAGAGAAAAAAGAUGAAUUGGAUUCCUUAAUAACCGCUAUAACUACAAAUGGAGCUCAUCCUAGCAAAUGUGUCACCAUACAGAGAACACUGGAUGGACGGCUUCAGGUGGCUGGUCGGAAAGGAUUUCCUCAUGUGAUCUAUGCCCGUCUAUGGAGGUGGCCUGAUCUACACAAGAAUGAAUUAAAACAUGUUAAAUAUUGUCAGUAUGCAUUUGACUUAAAAUGUGAUAGUGUCUGUGUGAAUCCCUAUCACUAUGAACGCGUUGUGUCACCUGGAAUUGAUCUCUCAGGAUUAACACUGCAGAGUAAUGCUCCACCAAGUAUGUUAGUGAAGGAUGAAUACGUUCAUGACUUUGAGGGACAGCCAUCCUUGCCCACUGAAGGACAUUCAAUUCAAACCAUCCAACAUCCACCAAGUAAUCGUGCAUCAACAGAGACAUACAGUGCCCCAGCUCUGCUAGCCCCAUCUGAGUCCAAUGCCACCAGUACCACCAACUUCCCCAACAUUCCUGUGGCUUCCACAAGUCAGCCGGCCAGUAUCCUGGCAGGCAGCCAUAGUGAAGGACUGUUGCAGAUAGCUUCAGGGCCUCAGCCAGGACAGCAGCAGAAUGGAUUUACUGGUCAGCCAGCUACUUACCAUCAUAACAGCACUACCACCUGGACUGGAAGUAGGACUGCACCAUACACACCUAAUUUGCCUCACCACCAAAACGGCCAUCUUCAGCACCACCCGCCUAUGCCGCCCCAUCCUGGACAUUACUGGCCAGUUCACAAUGAGCUUGCAUUCCAGCCUCCCAUUUCCAAUCAUCCUGCUCCCGAGUAUUGGUGUUCCAUUGCUUACUUUGAGAUGGAUGUUCAGGUAGGAGAGACAUUUAAGGUCCCUUCAAGCUGCCCUAUUGUUACUGUGGAUGGAUACGUGGAUCCUUCUGGAGGAGACCGUUUUUGCUUGGGUCAGCUCUCCAAUGUCCACAGGACAGAAGCUAUUGAGAGAGCAAGGUUACACAUAGGCAAAGGUGUGCAGUUGGAAUGUAAAGGUGAAGGUGAUGUUUGGGUCAGGUGCCUUAGUGACCAUGCAGUCUUUGUGCAGAGUUACUACCUGGACAGAGAGGCUGGACGAGCACCUGGCGACGCUGUUCAUAAGAUCUACCCAAGUGCAUAUAUAAAGGUCUUCGAUUUGCGGCAGUGUCACCGGCAGAUGCAGCAGCAGGCGGCCACUGCACAAGCUGCAGCUGCUGCCCAGGCGGCCGCUGUGGCAGGGAACAUCCCUGGUCCCGGGUCCGUAGGUGGAAUAGCUCCAGCAAUCAGUCUGUCCGCUGCUGCCGGCAUCGGGGUAGAUGACCUCCGUCGCUUGUGCAUACUCAGGAUGAGCUUUGUGAAAGGCUGGGGCCCAGAUUAUCCGAGACAGAGCAUCAAGGAAACACCGUGCUGGAUUGAGAUUCACCUCCACCGCGCUCUCCAGCUCCUUGAUGAAGUGCUCCACACCAUGCCCAUUGCAGACCCACAGCCUUUAGACUGAGAGCGCUCACCAUGGACGCCCUAGCCAUUUUCAGGAUGGUGGACUAUGAAAUAUAAUCCUGUUUAUAAUCUGAAGAUCUAUUGCAUUUUUGUUCUGCUCUGUCUUUUCAUAAAGGGUUGAAGAUGUGUUUGCUGCCUUGCUCUUAGCAGACAGAAACUGAAUUAAAACUUUUUUUCUAUUUUAAAACUUUUCAGGCAUGGCUCAGAGCUUGAAGAUCAGGAAGACCCAAUUCUUACUAAAUCUUCUCUGGUUGUUAAUGUAUGAAGGAGUCACUCCAGUGCUGGGAACUCAGCCCUUGACGUGUGCGAGAGCUGCUCAUGCUCAGGACACUGGUGUGUUCCUCUGCAGAGCAGUUCUCAAAUAGCUCACCUGUUACUUAGUGAGCAGGUUAUUGUUGGACACGCCGUGUUCAGGUGCCACGUGGGCGAGUCAGUUUUACUGAAAGCAAUUUCACUCUGUUCUAAAAACCUUUAUCAACCUUUUAUCCAGAAUGUUUUUUGCAAGUUAAACAGUGAAGGUGAAUUAAAUUCAUACUGUCUUGCAGACUUCAGGGUUUUCCCCCCCAAGACAAAACACUAAUCUGUGUGCAUAGUGACAGUUCUUUACAAUUACCAGUCAAAGAAAUGCCAUUCAGAUUUUUUUAGCCCUAAUGGAUGACCAUUAUCAAGAUGUAUACUUUUGCCCUGUUAAACAGUAGAUGAAUUCUUCUAUAUUUCUAGGCAUAUGGUUGGUUAUAAAAAAAAGCCUAGGGGGAAUUUCUUUGCCCUUAAUUCACAGUCGGUUUUGUAUUUAUAAAAACACUAAAAACAGUGUUGCUCUGCCUGAUGCUUCACUGUUCUGCAAGGUGGCAGUCCUUCAACUAAAAUAAUGGCUAUUUUGGAAACUGCUAAAUUCUCUGUUAAAUGCUGUGCAGAAUAAUGGAAACAUUGCGGUUCGUAAUAGGUAGUUUGGGUAUUUUUGUACUUGAUUUGAUGUGUGACUUUUUUUCAUAUACUGUUUAAAUCAUGUAUGUUUUGACAUUGUUUAAAAUUCAGUUUUUGUAUCUUGGGGCAAGACUGCAAACUUUUUUAUACCUUUUGGUUAUUCUAAGCCCUUUGUUUGACAUCAUCGAUCAGUCGGCAGUGACUUUGUAUAGAGACUGAACUAGAAAAGCUGCAGAUGCGUUGACUGUACCACAGACACAUGUAUACUUUUUACCUAGUUAGUAGCGUAAAUAAAACUGAGUCUCAAUAUACAAAGUUGAAUUCUAGGUUUUGUUUUUAAAAUGCUUUCCUUUUGCACUUUUGAGUCCAAUCUCAGUGGCAAGACACCUUCUACUAAAUGACAGGCAGCAGCCAGUUGGAUUGUACAGCUCUGGUUUCCCUCACACUCUACCAGGACUUUCCCAUGUACAUUAUGUAUCAUGUGUAGAGUUGGUUAUUUUCUGAAUUUUUAUUUUACUGUAGCGAAACUAGACCUGGGGUUAAUAGUGUGAAUAAAAUCAGGAUCACCAUCAAGAUGCUUUUAGGCCUUGCUCUGAGAGUUCCCUAGGAAUUUUGCGGUGCGGCAGGCAUCUGAGCUCUGGAAACACUUGCACAGCGUUUUCUUUGUGCUGUGGUGAGCAGGUCCCUGUGCCUGCUUCAGAAGGGCCAGAGACCCCGACUGCUGCCGUGACGAAGUGAAAAUCUCACCCUACCUUACACACCUUGUUUUUUAAGAAACUUCUUUACUAGUUCAUUUCUAAGAACUUAUAAAUACUUUUGUUACAGACCUAAUUAUUAUCUGUAUAAGUUUAAGGUAAUUUUUUAAAAAGUUGUACUGGCAGAAUUAUAAAAUGCUACCUUGUCUAGAAAUGUUUGUCUUUAGAUCCCUUUUACUAUGACUGGGGAAUAGGAGUGAGAGGGGAGAGUUUUAGUGUAACAGACUUUCAAGAGUCCAGGUCAUCCCACUAGAACAUUGUCCAUGCCGUGGGACACCUUGAUGCUUCCUUUUCUACUUUACAGAUAUGUUUAAUCAUCUUCAUAAAGUAUGUGGGAAAUAAUUUGCUAAGAAGUAUCUCUUCAGAGCCAAGCCACCUGUCUUGGUUUUUUUACUAAGAGCCAUAGAAUUUUCUCCUAGUUUUUGAUGAUCCUUGUAAUGUGGCCAUCCUCUGCUUUUAUAAACUGUUUCUUUUUGUUCCUUGGAAGUUGCCAUCUUUGAUGAAUAAGACUUUAAAAAACUUCCCCAAGCUUCAAAAUUUUGUGUCCAUUUUAGGAUAAAACAGUUUCUGUAGUUUUCAGAGUCUGAUUACAAUGUGGGUGUGGUUCCGGGUGUUGGUCUCUGAUUCAUAGCUCAAGAGUCUCCUAAGAUUCAAUUUCACUGGAAACUGAGUGAGAGAUGAAGUAGGCCUACCUGGUUUGAAACCCAUUCUACUUUUGUCUUGUGCCUUUUCUGUGCAUAGUUAAAGGGAAUCCUUAAUGGUAUUGCCUUUAUUUGCUUGGAAAUAGAUUCUUUUGUGGGGUAGAGUCGACUCUACUUAACUGUUCUGCUUUACUGCCCCUGCUGAACAAAGACGAUGAUACACCACUGCCAUGUACUUACUUUUCCCCAAACACCAUGUUUUUGUAUUGUCCUAACCCACAGUUCCUAUAAACAGUACAGGUUCACAGACAGGAUGAGCCGCCAUACACAUGAUUAACUAUGCUGUAUUUCAAAGUUAAAAAUCCAGUUUUAUAGGGAGUGGUGUGGUUUGUGUUAGCAACUUUAAAGGCAAAGUAAACUCAGAGGUUUUACAGAUUGGAGAAGGGAAUCUUCCGGAAAUACUUGUGAAGUAUCUGUGGAAGUGAAGUAUAUUUGCCCCUUGGCUGCUACGAGUUGGCUAAUUGCCACUCGUUAGGGUUUUUUGUUUUUAUUGUUGUUUUGUUUGUUUUUAAUUUCCAUUUGUUGUUCCAUCCAGUUGAGGCCUCUUGGAAGGAGCAGUUUUAUUUGGACUUGGCCAGAGUUCCUUUUGGUAGUUUCUGUAGGUUGUGUCUUCUUUGCUGUCAUUUUACUUAAUGAUGGAGAGUGGUGUAGAGGGGAGCUGGGGUGAGCUGGAUUACUGCAGUGAGCGUGAGCCCUGUCACAGAACAGCUCAUAGGUGGGGCCUGGUGGAGACAAACUCAUCUCGCUGCACAGCGAUCUGUAAACAGCCCCUGAAAUCCUCCUCCUGCUCAAGCCUUCCCAGUUUUCCCUUCUGGUAACCAAGCAGUUUCUUCUCUUGUGAUACAUUAAGAAGUGUGUAAACAGCCAGUGGCCUUAUCCAUAGCAGCGUCCUUGGCAGAGCCUCUGACCUACACCUUCGGUACAGCGAGAUUGUUUAUCUGGUGUUACUGAAGAGUGAAGGUUUUCAUCAUCUUGCCUUAUUAAAGAGUAAAACCUUUUAAAAAUUAGCCAUUUGUUGGUGGGAGCUAUUUAACAAAUCAGGAUGUACUGGGUGUAGCGUUUCUUCUCUUUCUCUGCUGUCUCUGGGCUCUGGGCCUCUGAGGUAGACAGCACGAUGUAGCCUUUUCUGAACGGAUGUUUUCAUUUUGAAUUCUCUUCAUCUUCCUUUUUGACAGCUACUACUUGGGUGGCUGGCAGUCUGCCUCCCUAGUGUUCUCACUGUGUUCUAAUUCAUCAGUCCUAACUGCUUAGCUGAGGGAACCAGUUGAGGGAAAUUAGUAGUGUUCACCCAGGACACUUUCCUUUUGGCCUUGAAAAGGACUUUGGUACAUUGCAGUUUGGCAUUGAUUCGAUUGCUUCCAGUGGUCUCUGAUUCUUGAUGAGUUUUAUAUGGUCGAUACAGAGAGAAUUAAGUCAUACUCAUAGCCCCGUAGCCUCCUUUUCCCCCAGUGUUUGGAAAGAUUUAGUUUCCACAUAAUUCACUCCUAAGAACUGUACUGUUUGCUAGAGACAUCAUCAGACCGCACACACCCUCUUCCGAAAGCAUCCUUGCUUGUUUUGUGUCCUCCUAACCCCACUCUAGCCGCCUUCCUCUGUAGAUACUUCUGACCUUUAGGUGCCUUUAUGAGAAUUGAGGGUCUGAUAUCAUGCCCCAAGGAGUAGCUAAUGUAAUGACUGAUGUUUUCAGGGAUUUUCGCAUCAAACUUAAAAUGAAUGAAGCUUUUUAUUCCUUUUUUAAUAUGGGAAGAACUGAGAAGAAUUUUGGUGAAGACAAUCAUUUCUCUGUGUUCACACAGUUUGUUUAAGAUGUUUUCUCAGUUGGUCCAGAGUUCAUGUUCCUGUUCAACCAAACACAUGUGGCUCUGGACUCAGACAGUAGCACUUAUGGUUCACGAUUUAGUGUGUCCUUGGCAAGUCGCUUCCCUUCCUGUGAAAUGAGGCCAGGACUGCUCUGCAGCUCUGGCUUUUAAGUGACCUUGCCUGCCUUGCAGUGAUUUGCAUUGCUCUGUCCCUUUGUUCUGCUGUCUGAGGGGGUUCUUGCUUAUUUCUUUGUUACUCAGUGAGACAGGCUUGAUCUUUCAUUAUUUGGUCUUCUGUGGACAGGUAGUUACAUAUGUCCUUAUGACUUACUUUAACCAAAGGCCUAGCACCACCUUAGGGGCUGCAGUGAGUCCACCACGAAAACAUCAACAGCUGGGGUGGGGGAGCCUCCAUUUCCUUUUCCCGUAGUCUGUGUUCACAGCCUGUCUAAAGGCUCUUCUGAGUCAUGGCGUUCUGACACAAGUUGGUAUGUGUGACACUGUCUUCCUGAGUGCUAGCAAUUCUUCACCUAAAAUGGAUUGAAAUCCUGUUAAUGCCUGGUGAUAUCAGAGGUCCUUUCUUUGGGUCUUUAGUUGCUUAACUCUUCUACGCUCAAAACAGGAAGUUCUCCAGAAUUGUAUCAAUAUUUUAAUUGAUGCUAUGAAAACCAGUAUCAGUGAAUGCGUAUUCACUUCAGUUUUGCCUCUUUUCUAUCCAUUUUGAUUAGACAACUUUUGGCUGGAUCAUUCUUUCCAGAGAGUUCUCUUCCAACCUGCUUGGAUGAGUAUAAUAACUGAAUUUGUUAUUUUUAAGGGCCUGGGAACCUUUCUAGGGGGUGGGCUAGGGGUGGGGGGUUGGGGAGUCCUGGUAGAGGCCCGCUCUGCGGUAGCUGGUGAAGAAGGGAGGAAACCAGCUGCUCUUGCUAAGGCUGCUUGUCAUUGGUAGAAGGACUCACGGGCUCGGAUUGGUUAAAAGGCUGACUAUGGAGUUGCAAACUUCCUCCAAACGGAGGGUUUUUUGUUCAGUGCAUCGGACAUGUGACUUCCGAGAAAAGCAUGACUGCCUGUCGUGAUGAGAACUGGCUAUAGAGUCCAGUGUGCAGUGCUGCAGAGUCCAGUGUGGGAGACGCGGCGGAGGUGCCGGGGACAGACGUGGUCUCCCAGCUCUGUCUCCCGCUCAGGGCUACUCAGAGCUUGUGCUCCUAGGGAAGCCCUCAGACUCAGUUACUUCCUUUCUAUAUACUUUUGCCUGGUUGAAGUCUGUGGCUAAAAAUAAAAUAGUUGAAACUUUCUUGAGAACUCUGUAACAAAGUAUGUUUUUGAUUAAAAGAGAAAGCCAACUAAAUCAUAUGUGCUCUUUCUUUUUCUUAAGCUCAGGGAUGCCUUGGAUCUGGAAAGAGUUCCUGAUUAAAUAUCUUCAUACCUGA